AUGGGAAAUAGUUUCUUUUGUCUGUGUCCAUCAACACAUUUCGGUCCAUCAUGUGAAUAUCGUGGUAGCGGAACCGAUUUAACUGUGCUCGAAGGAAUUAUUAAUGGUUCACUAACCAAUUAUGAUAGAACCGUUGAAAAUGUACUCAAUCGCUCUAAUUGGACCAAUAUGGUUGCCGUUGUCGAUGUUACCGGUUCAAUGCAACCAUGUGCAGCAGCCGUUUAUAAAUGGUUAAAAUUAUCUUAUGAUAAAUUAAAUUUGAUCAAAUACUAUGUCUUCUUUAACGAUGGUGAUAAUAAAGCUGAUUCACUCAAAGUAAUUGGAUCUACCGGGGGUAUCUAUGGCGUACCGACUUCUAAUUUGAAUACAACGCUAGCCGUAAUGCAAGCAGCUAUGAAAAAUGGUAAUGGUGGUGAUGGGCCUGAAAAUGAUGUCGAAGCAAUUUUAUAUGGUAUCAAACAAUGUCCAACAUGUACGAAUUUGAUUCAUAUUGCUGACAAUCAAGUGACGCCACGUGACAUGAUUUUACUUGCGAAUGUGACCUUGCCAGUGAAAGUCAUCACUUGUCAAUUGAGCUCGUAUCCUGUCAAUCCUGAUUUAAUCACUAUUGCUAGUCGUACAGGAGGUUCACUACACACCCUCGAACAAGACAUCAUAAACUUAUCUGGUAUUCCAGUGAACGGUACUAUUGUCAUCGGAAGAAAUACGUAUCGUCGUACAAUAAACGGUUACAUACAAAUUGCUUGA